GUUACAAAAUUCAACACAACCAAGCACCGUGAUUUACUCCCUUCAAUGAACUCGCCGGCAUAAACAUAAUCAUGAUUUCUCCCGAAAAUGUCAAAGACGAUGCUACACUGGUUCUGUCGAAACUCUAUACUGUCACGAUCGGCGACGAUACAUCCAAUCUCUUCAAACUCCACAGUAUGUGUAGGUAUUCAAGAUUCAUUGCUGAAGAGGCUCGUUUCGGCGAUCGAGUGUGUAGGGACCUGAAUUUUCUGCAGUAAAUUGAUGUACCCAAGAGAGGGCUUUUUUGAUGAUUAAAAGGUGUAGUGUGUUUCCUGUAUAUAAGUAUGCUCCUCAAAAUAUCCCACGCGGGAUUUUGCAGUGAAAUUAAAAGGAUUGAUUUGGGGGAAUCAAGCAUAAAAUACUUUUAUAUUUGGGCAAUAUGAAUUUCCCCUAUUUUUUGCUACCAUGAUUUCCUCCCCACACAAUCACGGUGGAAUCAAAACCCCUAAUGGUAGAGGAUUUUGGUUUGUGGUUGAAGAGCUGUAUAUAAACCCACGCGACUACCAAGAUGACACACACCACUACCAAUCAUUAUUUAUCAAACCUGUGUGUGUAGCUGUUGACGGAUUCGUUGUGUAGGUUCCACUUCUGGAGUGUGAAAUAUGUAUGAAAUUCGGAAAAGCCCAAGGAUUGGAAACAUCAAAUCUGCCAGUGUGAACGUGGACAAGGCAUCAAAAAAAAUUGUGGAUGUUCAUGAAGCCGGUAUGUUAGGAAAGAGGCACCACUCGGGAAAUCUGAUUAAUGGUAAUAGGCCUUCAAAAGGUGUCCUUCAGAAGGCUGCACCUGCGUCAGACGGUAUGGUGGAAGAUGAUGAUUUUGUUGAAACCGUCCCCAAGAUGUUAGUACCAAAACAUGAAAAGCCAAAGUUAAUAGACAGGAAGAAAAAGGGUGAAAUAAAUAUUGGUGGAGAGUACCCUCAUAAGAUACGGACGAGAUCAUCACCUAAGUCGCUUUAUGAAGCUCUUCAAAAGUUGUCUACGGAGCAAAAAGAUUGUGUAAGACAUAUGGGGUUUGGGAAGAUGUUGUCGUUUACCGUUGACGGUAUACCUGGACAGCUGGGACACUACGUCGUGGACAAUUUGGAUACAAAUAGGAUGUGUAUUAAAUUGGAGAGGGGGUCGAUUGAUAUUACCAAAGAGGCGAUACAUCAGUUAGUUGGUGUUCCCAAUGGUGGGGUGUGGAUGAAUAAUAUUGAUGAUAAGAGAGCUGAUAAAGCAAUGAGCAAACUAUGGAGAGCUCACUAUCCGAGGGAUGAGGUGAGCCCCGGUGAUAUUGCUAAGCGACUAGAAACACACAAAGUUGCUGAUUGGAUGUUUAGGGUUGAUUUUCUGCAGCUGUUCUCAAGCAUAAUGAUUAACUGCCAGAAAAACGGGAAAUGCAAGAUGUGCCUCCUCCCCUACUUCACGGAGGAAAGAGAUAUUAGUGAACUAGAUUGGUGUUCUCUUAUAUACAAGACAAUAGCUGAGUGUAAGGACGAUUGGGUACGGGACGAUCGAAAAAGUUAUUUCGCUGGUCCUCUUACAAUUCUGACGCUGUUAUAUGUUGAUUGCACAAAUUGUUCUGGGUUGCCGCUUGAAAGACGAAAGAUUGCAUUGGCUGAUUGGGAUAUGAAUAAACUUAAACAAAGACAACAUGCUGAAAUACAGUGUGGAGGAUUUGGGAGAGGAGAAACCAGGAAGAUAUUUGUUGAAUGUGGAGCAGGCACUGCUCAAGUAUCUGAAGCGAAAUCAGAGGGACAGGUUACUGAAGAACAUUAUAUUCGUAUGAAUCAGUUAGGCUGUAGAUCAGCCCAAGUGUUGGGGUAUGUGUCAAAGUUGAAUGAUCUCAUGUCGGCUAUGUCUCGGUACAAGAUGGAGUUUGAGAUGGUCAUAAAGGAAGCCUUAGGAUCUAAUCCACAAAAUUCAGACAUCAUAAAUAUAUCAUCUAAAUACGAUGAUUUGUUUUCUGUGAGACCCGAUGGAAAUAAAUCCAAUGAAGUUAGAAAUGAGUCUAUAUCCAAAGGGAAGGAGCUGAUGGGGGUUGAUGAAGAACCAUUAUCACAGUUCUGGACCGACCCAACAUCUUUUGACAACAUUUGCAAAACUGUUGACAGUCUGGUGCAGAAACACCUCAAUAGUGGAAAUGGAUUUUUUGAUGGGACAUGUGAACCUUCCUUCAGCCUUGGACUUACGCAGGGGGAUGUAAUGUGUGAUGCUGAUUUCAUCACACCAACGCGUGGGCAACACCAAAGUGUGGAAAGUGAAGAUGAUGACCAUAUACCUUUGAGUGUUGUUAUGGCACGGCUCAGUAAGGAUGCAGCUAAACGUGAGAAAUCAAAACGGAUCACACGUGUAAGCAACUUACUGAGGUCGCCAUAUAAGAAUAGGGUUGUUGAUAUCAACAACCCUGAGCAUAAAGAAGAAGAAAAAGUGUGGGAGUAUCUGUGGCGUAUAUCAGGAGAGCAAGGGGAGGUGAUUUUCUCCACAAGGGAUGGACGUGUUGGAGUCCGUGGUUUGUUUGAGAGCUUGCAGCCAAAUGCGGUGGUUGAAAACAAUGUCAUUGAUUGUUGGUCGAUUGUUUUGAACCACGAGGAGGGUGCGCGAAGCCCGGAUUCAGAAUACAGACUCUUUAUAGGAUGCUCUGUUCUUCUAAGUGAACUUGGGGUGGGAUUCAGUAGAAUUGAAGAUAAUAGAGCUGUUGCUAAGAUAAAACGAAGUAUCUUCCUAACUGUGAAUGGAGACAAAUCACUAAUGAACCUAGCUACCUAUGACUUAGUUUUCUUCCCGAUCCAGUUGGCGAUGCAUUAUUUCCUGGUUUGUUUUGAUCUGAAGAAUCCUACAAUUUUCGUUGUUGACAGCAUUGAUAUGAAAACCAAAAAAAGAUUAAAAAAGGCUGAGAGGGAACUAGAUGAGAAGCAUGUGCAGGACAUGAAUGAGAAAGUUUUGAAAGUGAGACAUCAUUUUGCGAAUUAUCUACAAUCGGUGGGACAUGUGAAGACAAGUGUCAUUAGAGCCCAGACACCCAAAUGGGUGAAAUUAAGGUGGGCAACAUACGGCAACUAUGUAGAGUCCGGUAUCUACAUGAUGCGGCAUAUGGAGACCUACAUGGUCAAGAGAGAAAGAAAUUUCGAAUGUGGCUUCGCUUUGGGGGGUGCUAAACAAAAGCAACAACUGCUAAGUUUGAAAAAGAAGUAUGCGGCGAAGAUCCUUUUGUCAGAUGCUAACAUUCUACGCGGUGACAUUGCGAAGGUUAUUGAAGAACAAGGAACCGUGAAGUAGUAGUAUAAUAACGGUUAUAGUGUUUUUGCGUGGCAUAAUGACUGUUUUGGGAAACCUGAUGGUUUAAACUUUUUUCUUUUUCUUUUUCUUUUUCUUUCUUUCUUUUUUUUUUUUUUGCAAUGUGUUUUCGAGUUUUAUUUUAGCACCUGUUGAUAACUCAAGUUUGGGUUUUAUGUUUGAAGUAUGAAAUGUUUUAAUUGAAUAUGUUGGAUGCUACCUUUAAUUUUGAGUACUUUAUGUAUUAAAUAAUGCUUCAUAUCACGUCUA